CUUUCUUCCUGCUCUUUAACCUUUAUACUUAAGGGUUGAUAGCUGCGGGGACAACCCGGGGCCCGGUGUAUGGCCACGGAGUUACAGCGUCCGGACUCCAUGCCCUGCCACAACCGGCAAGUAAACUCUACUUCUACCCCAAGUCCCGAGCGUCUGCAAGCAGACGACCCGAUCCUGGACCAUGCAGAAGAAAAUAAUGCUGCUAUGGCUAAGUUGACUCUCCUCCCCGGGCACGCCCAUUCUAGCGUGCUCUCGGAGCGGGACCCUCAGGCCUGUUGUGGUACUAAUCUUCACUCUGAGAACCACAGUGAUAGUAGUGACAGUGGCGACUACGACGCACCUGUUGGCGACUCUCUGCUAGGGGAAUGUGAACUCUCCCGACAGAUCGGGGCACAGCUUAAGCUGCUGCCUAUGAAUGAUCAGAUCCGGGAGCUGCAGACUAUCAUCCAGGACAAGACAGCCAGUAGAGGGGAUUUCAUGUUUUCUGCGGAUCGUUUGAUCAGACUUGUUGUAGAAGAGGGACUGAAUCAGCUGCCAUAUAAAGAAUGCAUGGUGACCACGCCAACAGGGCACAAGUAUGAAGGAGUGAAAUUUGAGAAAGGAAAUUGUGGGGUCAGCAUAAUGAGAAGCGGUGAGGCAAUGGAACAAGGUUUACGAGACUGCUGUCGAUCCAUACGAAUUGGGAAGAUCCUGAUUCAGAGCGAUGAGGAGACACAAAGGGCCAAGGUGUAUUAUGCCAAGUUUCCCCCAGACAUCUGUCGCAGAAAAGUCCUUCUGAUGUAUCCAAUUCUCAGCACUGGAAAUACUGUAAUUGAAGCUGUAAAGGUUCUUAUAGAACAUGGAGUUCAACCCAGUGUUAUUAUCCUACUCAGUCUCUUCUCCACUCCCCAUGGUGCCAAAUCAAUCAUUCAAGAAUUUCCAGAGAUCACAAUUCUAACUACUGAAGUUCAUCCUGUUGCACCUACACAUUUUGGACAGAAAUACUUUGGAACAGACUAAGUUACUAACUUAGUAACUUAGAAACACUUUGCAUAAUAUUAUGGUUAUAAAUAGAUUUCAUAUUUGAUUUUACUAAUUUGAUUGAGAAAUAAUGGAGAAAAUAAUUAGGAAUGCCUUUUAUCAUUGGAAGUAGGUGUAGCAACAAGAAAUAUUGGAAGUUUAUUUGUUUGAUUUGGUCAUUUCUUCACAUGUGGUACCAAAUUAGAUAGUGAAGCACACCCACUGCGCUUAGAAAGAUGGAAAUUAUAAUUGUCUGCUUAUGGAAAUCACUGAACCCUCACCCAUUGCAUGAAAACUGUUGAACUUGUGACC